AUGGUCGUGAGCGAUUCGAGCAAUUGGAACUCUCCGCCAGUGAUUGUUUUCCGUGCGUACAACCAGUGGCGAUUGAAAAAAAGGUAUCGCGACGGGAUUCCGCCAAAAAUGAAUUCUGGCGUGGCGGAACACACGAGUCUUGGCGAGGAAUGCCUAGAGAAUUCCGAAGAAUUUUCACCACCUGAAAGCAAACGACUACGCCUAGAUGACAGCUGUAAUAACAAUUUAAAUAGUUCUUUGAAUAGCACCUCCAAAAAUAGUGCAAGAUGGUCAUGUUCUGCGGAUGGAAAUGUAGAGCCAGAAAUUUUAGAGGAUAUGGGUGUUAGUAUGUUAGAGGAUGAAGCAUCAAGUUGUGAAAGUACAAAAAAGUCUGAUUCUCUUGAACGGACAAUCUCGCCAACUAUUUCCGGUAACAGUGGACAAUGUGAGAAAGUUAAUAGUUUUCAAAGACAAGAAAGUGUUUAUAGGGGGUCCAGUUUUGAUACUGUCAGUAUGGACAGUUUCGAAGCUACCAGAAGAUUAGAGCAUGAUUCAUAUGAAUCAGAUGAACCUGUGACAUAUUCGACACUUGGAAACGAAUCUGGUUAUUCCUCCAGAAUGGAAAUAGAUAAUUUUAUUGACACAAAAGAAACUUUUUCUAAAGACAGCCUUAAUGCUUCUUCUGGAAAAAGUAGUCUCGAUCAAUUCUACCUCUAUAGAAGAAGAAGAAAACCUUCGAUUGUCGGCGAAGAUAAAUUUAAUAAAUUAUCCGACGAGAUGAUAUUGAUGAUAUUAAAAUGGCUCCCAAAAAAAUGUUUGGUACGUUCCAUGUUAGUCUGUAAACGAUGGUGUCAGAUAGCACGUGAUGAAGCUUUAUGGAGCAGAUUAGAUUUAGGCAGUAAAGUGUUAAACGAAGGUACAUUGGGUCACAUACUACCACGAGGCGUUCAAAUACUUCGACUUGCACAAGCCGAGAUUGCCGAUCCUGUAUUCUUUGAGAAUAGCGAAGUUUUUUCUGACGGUUAUAUUAGUAAAUUACAGUACUUGGAUCUCUCGAUGGCGGUGAUAUCACCUGAUGGAUUGGCUAUGUUACUAAAUAAAUGUAAAUACCUUAAAAAAUUAUCUCUAGAAAAGUGUACAGUAAAUAGAUCAUGCUGCAAAGCUAUCAGUGAUAAUAAUGAUUUAGAAAUUUUAAACUUAACAAUGUGCGAGGGUAUGAAUAUUGAAUGUAUCAAGGAUUUGAUGAAGCUUAAGAACCUCAAUGCCGUCAAUAUGGCUUGGUGCGGUCUGGAUAGUGAAUCUAUGACGUUACUUUGUAAAUCUUUACCUUCGUCUGUUACACGUUUAAAUAUAGCAGGAUGCAGAAAAACGAUGACAAAUGAUAAUGUCAAAGAUUUAGUGAAGAGUUGUCCAGAUUUGAUAGAAUUAGAUUUGAGCGAUUGUACUAUGCUUACAAUGAAUACUGUUCGUAAUUUACUUGAUUUAUCAAAAUUAGAACAUCUGUCACUGAGUCGCUGUUACGGUAUACCUCCAUCAACAUACGUUACAUUGGCGUAUAUGCCAUCUUUGUUGUACUUGGACGUUUUUGGUGUAAUACCAGAACCAAUACUGAAAACACUACAAGUUACCUGUGGCGAAACUCAACUUAAUAAGUUCCUAUAUAGUUCCGUUGCAAGACCAACAGUCGGUGUACGAAGAACGAGCAUCUGGGGGCUUCGCGUUAGAGAUUGAAUAUAAAUAUUGUAACUCUUUUCUACACAAAUAGUGGUAAAG